AUGUAUAUAAAUGGUCCUCAGUCAACGAAGAGUUUGAUGAAAUUUUGGAGAUCUAUGAAACGGCAUAUCAACUUCAUCAGCUGCGAUAAUAUUGCUUAUUUAGCUGCGUUUUUAAUGAACCAAGCCGUUUUCCAAGCGAUGCCUUCGAUCUAUAACAAAACACCAUUACUUAAACAAAUAUUCAACCACGCCACUUCCGCACAAGUAUUUGUUAAAUAUGAAUGCUUGCAGCCUAGUGGAAGUUUUAAAAGUAGAGGAAUUGGUCAUUUGAUUUCCAAGAGAGCAAAAGAUAUCCAAGGUGACGGUAGAAAAUCUCCGCACGUCUUUUCCAGUUCUGGAGGGAAUGCAGGAUAUGCAGCAGCCGUAGCGGCCCAAAAAUUAAAUUUACCAUGCACUGUAGUGAUUCCCACAACAACGAAGCAAAGAAUGGCAGAUAAGAUAAGAGGAUGCGGCGCUAACGUGGUUGUUCAGGGUUCGCAUUGGAAAGAAGCAGACUCCCAUUUGAAAAAUAUUUUGCAAAAUCAGGUAAAUAUGGCAAUACUUGAACCUAUUUAUGUCCACCCCUUCGAUAAUCCUACUAUUUGGGAAGGACAUGCAUCUAUCGUUGAUGAAAUAAUUAGCAGUCUAAAAAAUGAAAAUACAGCCCUAAACAGAGUAAAGGGAAUUGUUUGCAGCGUCGGCGGUGGUGGUCUGUAUAAUGGUAUUAUCCAGGGGUUAGAAAAAUACAACCUAGCUAAUAAAAUCCCUCUUUUGGCCGUAGAGACAAAAGGAUGCCAUGUUUUGAACACUUCUUUGCAGGUAGGUCAAUGCGUUGAAUUUAAUAAAAUGAAUAGUGUAGCUACUUCCUUAUGCACUAGUCAAAUAUCUUCCCGGACUCUUGACUACGUGCAGAAAUAUGGCUCUAAAUCGAUUGUUUUGGAGGAUAAGGAAGUCUUACAGACUUGCUUGAAAUAUGCUGAGAAUUUCAAUAUGAUUACUGAACCAGCUUGUGGUGCAAGUCUCCAUCUGGGGUACCACCCUCAACUAAUUGAAAGGGCAUUGGGUAAAAAUUUGGACAAAGACGAUGUCAUAAUCGUCAUUGCCUGUGGCGGUUCUUCUAACACAAUACUUGAUUUGGAAGAGUCUCUUGCCAAAUUAGAAGAAGCACCGCAUUUAUCUAUAAGACGAAAUGCUACUCCCUCAUUAGAACAUGAAAAUAUCAUUUAUCCAAAACGUGCUCAGGUGGCCUCGUAA